UCUCCGCUUGUCAGCCUGUAUUCUUUGCAACCAGGCUACAUCAUCAUACAACAUAAUCUCCGAUAAGAAGUACCACCACCACCACAACCCCUCUUCCACCCCCUCACUCCCAAACCCACCCGGGCGCAUUUCCUUCGUCAUGUCAUUUCCUUCACUGGACGGCAACGAGCCACUCCCUGGCCGUCCCAGAACCGCUUCUACCACGCGAGCUUCACGUGGAGACUCUAGGAGGAAAUCCAUUUCAUUCAAUAUCGGCGGUUCCGAAUCCCUGCCUCCCAGUCGCUCGGCAAGUGUCUCGGAUCGCAGGCGUUCGCCUUCACAGGUGCCUACGGAGAGGGAGGCUAGACCUGCUACUGCUGCUGUUAGCCGUGGUCCAUCCCCUCCUCCGCCCAAGACCUACGAACGAGGCGUCUCCUUCGAUACCUUUGAUAAUCCCGACGCGGCAGAUUUCUCCUUGACACUGAACUACAAACACAAAGGGUACCAGAGUACGCGGCGCAGUCGGACAUUUCUCUGCGGCACAGAUCAGAACGAUUAUUCUGACUUCGCGCUCGAGUGGCUCAUCGAUGAGCUGGUGGAUGAUGGCGACGAGAUCGUCUGUCUCCGUGCGGUGGAAAAGGACUCCAGUAUUGCGAGUGACGCUGCAGUCGAGGCGGGAAAAUACCGGAAGGAAGCAGAGAAGUUGUUCGAACAAGUGAUUCAGAAGAACACCCAGAAUGAGAAAGCGAUCAGCUUGGUUCUGGAGUUGGCUGUCGGCAAGGUCCAGGACAUUAUACAACGCAUGAUCAGGAUCUACGAACCCGCUAUCCUCAUUGUGGGCACGAGGGGCCGUAAUCUAGGUGGCAUGCAAGGAUUGCUGCCAGGCUCCGUCUCGAAGUACUGCUUACAGCAAUCGCCGAUUCCUGUUAUUGUGGUGCGACCUACCACCAAGAGGGAGAAGAAGAAGAAGAAGCGUCUCGCAGACCCCUCCCGGCGCAACUACAAUAAUAUACUGGAAAUGAGUGAGCGGCGAGGAAGUCACAUCUUCGAUAGAAGCUCCAGCAGAGACAGCAGUGUGUCAAAGCUGCCUGACGAGGAGGCUGCUGUGGCUGCUGCUCUCGGUCUGCCUUCAACUUACACUCACUCACGGAGCUCGCUCUCCACGUCGGAGCGAAGCAGCGUCAGUCAUGACGAGUCUCCCUCGCCCCUGGGCUCACCUGAUGCUGCUUCCCGAAGCCCUCUUGGCGGGAGCGUGGAGAACUCCGAGAUCGACACCGGGUCAGAUGAUGAGCCUACCGUAUCGCACGUGGAGAAUCACAGCGACGGGACUUUGUCACCAAAACAGGCGUCUGAGACGCAAGAGGUCCCAGGAUUGUCUGAGGUCGAUGCAGGCGCAUUCACGUCCAGCAUGAAUGUCCCACUUAUCGUAACCGAAGACUCUCCUCCAGGCGGCACAGAAAAGCAAAACGAUUGAGCGAGAAGAGCCAUACCGA